AUGGCUCAGAAACAACUAGAAUUUGUGGACAAAGCUCAGAAGAAAAUAUAUCAGCUGGUACAGAAGCAGAUGGGACCACAGAAAGACUACAUUGAACUGAAGAAAGCUAAGACUGAUGAUCAGAAGACUGAACUGGGGAAGACCUCGAACUUGUUGCUCACGACUCCAGACUACGUUGCUCAAAGAAGGAGAGAAGAGAAGAAGAUGGCCCAGACCUCGAACCAGACCACGAGCUUCAAUCUCACGCCUUCAGACCACGUUGCUCGACAAGAGAAGAUGGCCCAGACCUCGGAUUACCUCCCUAGCCAGAAUCCGACAGACCCCGGAUUAGGCUUCUAUUUUCCCGAUUCACAGGACGCUACGGGAUUGGAACUGGGCCUCUACAACGCUCAGAAUGAACCUCCGACCAUGAACAAAGAAGACUUUGCGAUCAUUACCACGACACUAGACGGGAUCGUUAACCGCAUUAAUGUGCUGAGUAAUGAGAUUGGAAAUCAUACCACAAUCCUACUGAAGAAGUUGGAAGAGCUGACUUCUAAAAAACCUAGGAAGGAAUACACUCCAGAUUACACUGCUAACCCGUGCUACACGUGUGGAGAAACAGGACAUUGGUCGCCGAAUUGCCCACAGAAAACAGAUUAUCCGCAGACCAGUAAGAAAUCGAGGUCAGCAGAUUCUCAACAGACCAGCAAGAAAACCAAACAAAAGGAUCCUUGCUACAAAUGCGGAAAAAUAGGACACUGGAUUAGUGAGUGUCCAGAAGAACAACUGGAAAUAGAUGCGAUGAUUGGACCCGUACCUGGCUCAAAAUCCCCUGUGAAGAGAGAAUACACACCGUUAGAGAUGUGGAAUCCAACCGCACCUACUGAAGAACGGCCAAAAAAGAAGAAGAAACUCAGCAGAAAGUAAUGGACUGUGCUUGAACUGUUAUGCUUAUUGAACUGUUUUUAU